AAUAGUGCGGAUCGUGGCGCGCGAACAGCGUCCCGCGGAGCCGGACGGUAAAGGUCCUUCUCUGAGCCGCUCUAGUGCGUCGGACCGGUGCCGGGACGGACGGACGGACGGACGGACGGACGGACAGACGAGGCGGAUCCCACGCCGCGCCGACAGCCCACGAUCCUCGAGUGGAGUCCUCGGGACCCUCCGGUCCGUGGCUGCGGAGUCUCCGACGUGAGCGGACCCUUCCCGGGUGUCCCCGUCCCCACGGGCACUAUGAACGAAGAGGAGCAGUUUGUAAACAUUGAUUUGAAUGAUGACAACAUUUGCAGUGUUUGUAAACUGGGAACAGACAAAGACACACUCUCCUUCUGCCACAUUUGCUUUGAGCUAAAUCUCGAGGGAGUACCAAAGUCUAAUCUUUUACACACCAAAUCAUUGAGAGGCCACAAAGACUGCUUUGAAAAAUACCAUUUAAUUGCCAACCAGGAUUGUUCUCGAUCCAAGCUCUCCAAAAGUACUUACGAAGGAGUUAAAACCAUCCUGAGUAAGAAGAUAAACUGGAUUGUGCAGUAUGCCCAAAAUAAGAAUCUGGAUUUGGACUCGGAGUGUUCCAAAACUUCCCAGCAUCACCUGUUUAAUUUCAGGCAUAAGCCAGAGAAGAAAUUACUCCCACAGUUUGACUCUCAGGUGCCCAAGUACUCAGCCAAGGGGUUAGCAGGAAGCGCAGUCGGCAUCUCAAGCUAUACGCAGAGAAUCCUGGACCACAGGGAGGACACGGACUUCGGGCUUGGUAUCCUGGAAGACGCGGAUGCAUUGUGGACUCACAGUCACAACCAGGCACAGAAAACAGAAGAGACGAGCUCUGUUCCGGAGCGGAGUGUGCAGACCCAGAGUCCUCGCUACAGCCGAGAAGAGCUGAAUUCGAUGACGCUUGCUGAAGUAGUUCAACUGAGUACAAAGCUCCGACAGCAAAUCCAGGAAGUUUUUGAAGAGUUGACACACCAGGUGCAAGAAAAGGACUCCCUGGCAUCCGAGCUCCACGUCCGUCACGUGGCUAUCGAGCAGCUCCUCAAGAACUGUUCCAAGUUGCCCUGCCUCCAAGUGGGACGGACCGGAACAAGGCCACACCUAUCCACUAACAACUGAGCUGAGCACAGCUCCCGCGCUCUUCAUCUCUGUCGCUCUGCUAAGCAUCUGGACCGAGAAAGCAUUUGAAGAACGUCAUGGUCCAUUUUCAUGGUUGUUGUACUUGCAAAACAUAAGAUAAUAUUCAUUAUCUUUAUCUAAUAAAGCAGAUCACUCUAGUCCAGGGUUAAUCAUUUGGCUACAUUCGGGGGGCUUUUUCUUAUAAUUACUAAAUGCCCGUCCCUAACUUUUACAGUGUUUGACUACUUAAAUCCACUGUUACAGUGUUUCUAUUGACCAAUUUUUUAUUGUAACUCAGCUGUCAAGACAACAGAAGCCUAAUUAAUAAGGUCUUGCGUUAGCCUAAACUACUAGAGAUAAUUUUAAAGAGGGAAAUAGAAUUCAUAAUAUCACCUUAUUUAUGAGCAAUAUUUUAAUAUAAAAUUUUAUAUAUAAAAUUGCUAUUUUGGGUAUUUUUCAUCGUCUUUAUAAUUUUGUAUUUGAAUGGCCGUGUGUAUUUGCACUUCGUUGUGUGAAUAUGUUCACCUCUGUGAAGAUCGCUGCAUCUUGGCGAUACAGUGUUUUUAUAACUGUUGUCUUUCUUUCCAAAGAUAAAUGUGUUCUGGCUAGUAUUUGGAGAAGCAAUCUACAUAGCUGAGGUGUUUGCACUACUAACAGCAUAGGAAAGGGGAAUUUACUGCUCUUUAAAGCAUAUGUCCAAAUGAGUAAAGCACAUUAUUGUUUUCUAAGGAAAGCAAUGCUCAAUUAGCUUAGGAGGAAAAUACUAGCCUAUUUUUUAUGUGUCAGUCUCCGUAACAGUAAAAGCCCCGCCUCUUAACUCUCGUGACUUCCUGUGAUGUGUUAGUUUUGGACAAAGUAGGUCAACUCUCUGCUCCCAGUCCACUGUAAAUACGAUCUUCAAACUGUACCUGUCCCCCUUUUGGGGGAGGGGGAGAUAAAAUUAUUAGGCGUGUCACUUCACAUGGAGUUCCAAUAAUCUGUUAACUGUCCAAAUUCUGCCAUCCACAUCACUGAAGUUGAUCCAAGAAAUAAAAAUAAAAGACUAAAGAAAGAAAGAAAGAAGAAAAAGCAUUUUAAAGGUACUUUCUAAGUUUUAAAAUCUAAAGGGAGAGAAGAUUACAGAACCAAAAAAAAAAAAUCAAUUCAGUAAAAAGCAUAAUAUAAGCUACUUUGAUUUCAGAUUCUUAACUAAUAAGUUAUUUCAAAAUGUUAGAUAAGUUUUAAUGAUAAAAUAAAAGCUAUAACUAGUCCAAAGUUAAAAUGGACUCUUUAGCUGGUGCUUAGAAUGUAUUUGUGCGGUAGAUAUUUUUUGGCUUGCAGAAAUCUAAGGAAAGAAAGCCUCAUACGUAAAGAUGGUUUCUGCCUUGAAGUUGGCAGCCUGUAUCUGGGCAAGGGUCAGACUUUAAUAUGGAGCAUACAUGAUAUUUGACUAAACAGAUGACUGCGUCACUGUAGAAAAAGCACCUUUCCUAAUGCUAAGAUGUAUUAAGCCAGCUUGGCUAGUCAAUAUCCCGUUGUUUUUGCUUUGUCCGAAGAAGCUUUUGAAGCUUUUUGGAAGGAGCUUUUGAAAAAAGAAAAAUGCUUUUUAGCUUCUCUCAGUUCUUGGAGCCAUCCAAGAUGAAUUUGAAAUCCGGAGGGCGGAGGUGAGUGCGUUGCCUUAGUUUUGAGAAGCUUUAAAUUGAACGUGUGCAAUAUGGAAGGUUCCACGUGUAGCAGCUGGGGGCGUGUCCUGAGGGGGCGUGUCCUGGUUGUGCCGGUAAGCGUUUCAGUGCUCAGUUGUUACUGUCCUGUUUUCAAGUUUAACUGCGCUGUACUCUUGCCUGGCAUAACUCAUUAAGAGGAGCAGCUGUCUGGAUGAUGGAAAGGUCGUUCUUGGGCAGCCAUAGGAGUGUGUGACAUUCAGUUUUGGGUACAUGCAGUGCUCAGUGUAUUUCUAUCAUAGGAGACAUACGGUGCAGUCCUAAAAACCAGUGAUACCCAAAGAAAAACGUGUGCUUAUCUCUUAAGGAGUUCUCUGGCAAACAUUUAGUUUACUAAUGAGUUUGGAAUAACUGGGGUUUCUCCCGCGUACUCUAAGGUCUUAACUGGGACCUCCGACUCAUUUCUUUUAGAUAUUUCACUGGGAACACCAAAGGAAUGGUGCUAAGUCGAUCUCUGGUGCGGUGGUAACACUAGUACUCAUUCACAUGGAUUUUGCUGGAGUAUACUACUUUGUAUAAUUUAACUACCCGUUGUUUGGAUUUUUUUUGUUGGUGGUGGUUUGCUUGCUUGCUUGUUUUGACACAGGGUCUUGCUACAUAGCUUUGGCUAGCCUAGCAUUCUCUUUGUAGACCAGACUAGCCUGGAAUUUGUAGCAAUUCUCCUGCCUCAGGAGGAGAUCUAGUACUGUGAUUCAGGUGUAAUCUCCUACUCCUAGCUUGCUAUGCUCUCUUGAUUGAAUAUGCAAUUGUCAGAUAUGCAAAAAUAAGGAUGGGCUUGGAGUUGAGGUCCAAUUUAGGGAAUAUGAACUUAUACAAGUACUGGUUUCUAUGUUUAGUUCUGUGUGUUUUGGGCAAGUUCAGAAGAAACUUCACACAUGAUUUCAUUUCUUAAAAACAAUUUAAGAUGUACUGCUAGUGAGCUCGUACAUCUGAGGGCUUCUAUGAGGAGCGAAGUGAAAUUUUGUCACACUAGAUGUCAUAGUUAAACAAGUUGCGUAUUUUUUUAAAAUCAGAAGUCAAAUGUGAUUUUAACACGAUUUAUUUUCUUUAAAGAGUAGUGUUCUUAUGUGCCUAGCGUCUAUCAGGCCCUGGGCUAUUAAUUCCUGUCACCAUAGUAAAUAUACAAAGGUUUUGCUCCUGGUAUUGGUUUUAUCAUGUUGCCCAGGUCUGAAUGGGGUGGGGGUGGGGGGUUGUUGAUGUAUACUGCCAUGGCUGGCUUCAGUUUUCGUAUUGUCCAUCCUUGUAGCAUUUCUCCGGAAACUACCGCCUUACUCUCGUAUUAAUUUCUCAGUUAGGCCUUUGGAACAGGCAUUCAUUUGACACACCAUGCUGGUGGUCUAAACGGUCCACUUUCUUCUCUGUGUGAUUAUUGCAUGUAGUAUUGGCCUAAGGGAAGCCCUUAUGUUCCAGGUGCCCACCAUGUUUGUUUCGCCCUAGAGUGCCCAUUCUCAGAAACAUUUAAUGAUUAUAUUUCAAAAUGUGUGCAUGCUGGCAAGUGAUUUCGGAAACACAGUUGAAACAUGGUUGCCUUCUUGAAAGGUAGCUUGUGAUUUCUUGGUCUCUUGCCUACCCUUGAGAAAUGGCUUUUACCUUUUUGUUUGUCUAUAUAGAAACCUACCCUGGUGUUUAUUCUGUUGAGACCUGUCAGGUUUUUGUUAAUUUUUGAAGUCAUCCUUUGGAUCAGUAGGUGUUAAUGUGUACCAGUUUGUGCUUAACAUGUUUGUUAACAUCAUGUGGAACGAAAGUGCUCCAAACUUCAGUAGGAAUCUUAAAGAUCUUGCCCUUUAAAGGAUUUUAAAGGGUUCAGAUGUGUGACCAUGCAAAAUAAUUACAUGGACAUGACCUAUUUUAAUGGUAGAAUGUUCCUUUCCUCACGUUUUGUUUUGACUGUUUGGAGGAGUUGUUUUACUUUUUGCAAGUUCAUUCACUGACAACUGUUACCAUUGUUCAAGCUACAGCAAGAUGUGUGGCUCUUUUAAAACUUCCUGUGUAUGAAAAUUUUAUAUACCCUCUAUUAAGAUAUGACCUUAAAGUGGAGAUGUGAUUUGAUUUGGGUCUGAUUCCAGUUUUACCUUGAACGGAAUUUUUUUCUGAGAAAAUUUGUUUUUUUUUAAAAUAAAAAGCCCUGAAGGACAGAGCCCUAAAUAAAACACCCUUGCCGAGUUAAGCUUUGUGGUGCCGGGUAUAGAAGAGUUUGUCUGCUGGAGUAAUAGGACUCUGUGGGGAAGAGAAGUUCGUGCUGGACCAGAAAGACUGUGACCUUUGCCUCGCAUUUCCCUAAUUUCAUUCCAUGCCCCUGCUGAUGUCAUCGGUCGCCUGAGCAACCCCAAGCCACGCCCACCUAGAUAGGAACCAAUCACGUGGGUGCAGAACCUUAAGAUUUUUAACAUUUAGUUUGUAAAUGCUUUCACUGAUAUUUUUAGCUUGAAUAAAGCUAUAAUUAUUUAGUAGUUCUCCCUCAAUUUCAAGUUUACCAGCGUGAAGCAAAAGUGUCCUGGAGAUGUGCUUGUUUAAAGCUAGCCGCACCGGCUGCCCGUGCUGCCACGUGUAGUGGCUUUAGCAUUGAUGUUUGGAUCGGUUUGAUUUCCUUUUUUCUUCUCUCUGUCCUGCUGCCUCCAGAAGACGUGGUUUUGAAAAGUGUUUAGUAGUGGUGCGUGCGUGCGUGCGUGCGUGCGUGCGUGCGUGCAAGAGAGAGAGAGAGAGAGAGAGAGAGAGAGAGAGAGAGAGAGAGAGAGAGAGAGAGAGAGAGAGAGAAAUGUUGCUCUAAACCUGGCUGCAUAAGCAACAGUCCAUGAACUCUGCUGACAUUUAGAAAGCGAAAAUGAAGCUGCCAUGGUCAAAGCUAAGUUUGUCUCAAAAAAAAAAAAAAAACCAUUUAUUGAGUCAUCGUCUGGGUUAUAUGCAAUUUAUAUAUUUGUAUUCUGCUUUGAAACUGUAACUAGAUAAGUCUGUCUACUAUUUUUAACUUUACAAGAAUAAAAUAUUUUGGUAGCUAUCUCCUA